GGGUUCCUGUUGUGGGACAGGGGAUCAGAUGUUGAGAGUUUGGACAAACUCAUGAAAACCAAAAAUAUACCUGAAGCUCACCAAGAUGCAUUUAAAACUGGUUUUGCAGAGGGCUUUCUGAAAGCUCAAGCCCUAGCGCAAAAAACCAAUGAUUCUCUGAGACGAACUCGUCUGAUUUUCUUCGUUCUGCUGCUGUUUGGCAUUUAUGGACUCUUAAAAAAUCCAUUUUUAUCUGUCUGCUUCCGGACAACAACGGGGCUUGACUCUGCAGUAGAUCCGGUCCAGAUGAAAAAUGUCACCUUUGAACACGUUAAAGAACCCUCUUUUAGGUAUUGGGAGAGAAGAAAUAAAUCUCUGCUGUCAUUUCUAACAGAAACUAAACCAUGA